AUGUCGUUCAAAGAGCGGCGACUAGCGCCGUUGCCGAUGACGUUCCUGCACAUCGAAGAACCAAAGUUUCCGCCAUUGCGGCGCUCCAGAAGUUUCACUGGGUUUGCACCAUUCUGCUUGAAUGGUGCCGCGGAUGAUGGUUGCUGUGGUCCCAAAGCCGCAGACGACAGUUCCUGGGGCGAAGAGGGUUCAACACGUGCUGGCACUUCCGUUCCCAGUCCCCCGCCCUCGCCGGAUGAAACGGCCGAAGGGACAGUGGAGGAAAUGGAGGACGGCGAGGAGCCUGUGGUCGUGUGGCCCGACACCGACGAAGAUGCGCCAUGGCUUGGCUGGAGUGCAAUGAAGCGCACACCGCUACGACUGCCUGGCGCUCAACAUCACAAGGGGAGUGGAGAACUGUCUUUGGGGCAAGCCAUGAUGGCUAGCCUUCGCUCGCUGCCGCAGAGCAGCCACUCUGCAGCAUCCAUGAUGCCUCCUGUUGCGCAUUGUGACCGCGGCGACUUUGCACAUCAAGGGCAAGAAGUACAACGGGCAGGUGUUGGCCAUUUCUCGUCGUUCUCAGCCGUGAAAUACCCUCCGCCCGCCUCAGAGUCGACUACGGCUUCCGACGGGGGCCUGUCAAUGGAGAGUUCGGGAUCCGAGGCAGACGAGCUCAAACUGACGGCUGUUGCCAUGGUUGAGCAUCCUGCCGAAGCCGACGAUGAUGACUCCCAGACCACCGUGCGCCUCUGCAACCUCCUUGGCAACGCCUCGCGCCAGCGCCUCAUCAAAGCAAUCAAUGGGCUUCGCUUCGCCGGCCAGUACAAGCUGCUCGGGAUUGGGAAUCACAGCAGCCACGAGACUCAAGGUCACUGCUUUGCAGUGCUGAAGUUCGAUUCCGGUGUCGUCGCAUUCAAGUUUCAGAAGGCUUGGAAUGCCAAGUAUGCCCCAGAGACGUCGGACUUCCAGGCAUCCAUGAGCCAUCGCGACAUGCUCAGAGCAACACCUUCGCAGCCGGUGGCGAGGCCACCGACGAAGGGGAAGUCUUCGGAGAACCGAUUUCGGCAGGCAGCAAAACCUGCGCCAGCAAAUCAGACGAAGGCAGCUUCCCGCCCGAUGCCGCCACCGCCCCCAAAGAAGGGUAUGGCAGCCCCGCAAAGCGGCGGUGUACAGCCGCCGCAGCUGAUGCAGGCCAUGAAAACCGCGGCGCUGGCUUUGCAGAAAGCUCGGGCAAUGAUGCCACCAGUGAACAUGCAACCGUCGAAUAUGUGCCCCUGA